AUGUGUGUGAGGGGGGAGGAGAAGAGGAGGAGGGGGGGCUCAUGGUGAUCUUUGCUGAAGGGGAUAAUGGUUGAGGAGCGCAUAGCAAUGGCUGCCAUGUUUUACCCUCCCUGCACAAUUAGCCAAUCAGAGGCAAGCUCUGCCAGCCAGAAGGACACAUAAAAGAAGAACAUUGCAGCAGAGGCACAGAAGGAGACUGCGAGGAGCAGGGAAAUACACACACACACACGCAACAGCAGCCAAAGCAAAACACCCUCCCCUGGACACACCCUAUCGGGGAUCACUGCUUCUCUUUUUUCUGUGCUAUCGCCCACGCCGCUCGGAGAGAAAUCACUUGCACAUCAUCAUCCUGAAGAAAACCCCCUUUCUCCUCAUUCUCCAUCUGCAGAGGAAACCUACAAUCUCAAGGGCUGAGAAUCCCUGGCGAAGAUUUGUCCUUUUUUCCUUUUUUCUUUUUUUUUCUUUUCAUUUGGAAAUUUGAGGCUGUCAUUUUUUUCCAACCACCCCGUCCAAAAGGCCACCGUAUACAAUAUUAAUUGAAGCCUCCACAUCAAGACCUGCCAAUCGAAGGACGUAGAUCACUAUCAUCUUUGUGGAUCAAGAAUGGUUACUAUAAUCAGCACCAUGGAAACUCAGGUGUCCAAUGGUCCAAGUGGAACCAGCCUGCCGAAUGGCCCAGUCAUCAGCAGCAACGGUUCCACAGACGACAGCAAGACCAACCUGAUCGUCAACUACCUGCCUCAAAACAUGACACAGGAGGAGUUCAAGAGCCUGUUCGGCAGCAUUGGAGAAAUUGAAUCCUGCAAACUGGUCCGGGACAAGAUCACAGGUACCCCAACACAAAGUCAGAGUCUGGGCUAUGGCUUUGUGAACUAUGCAGAUCCCAAUGAUGCAGACAAGGCCAUCAACACACUCAACGGUCUCAAACUACAGACAAAAACGAUCAAGGUAUCGUACGCAAGGCCUAGUUCGGCCUCUAUUCGCGAUGCCAACCUGUACGUAAGCGGCCUCCCCAAGACCAUGGGCCAGAAGGACAUGGAGCAGCUCUUCUCCCAAUACGGCCGCAUCAUAACCUCCCGCAUCCUGGUAGACCAGGUCACAGGCAUCUCACGCGGAGUAGGUUUCAUCCGUUUUGACAAAAGGAACGAGGCAGAGGAGGCCAUCAAGGGUCUGAACGGCCAGAAACCCCUAGGCGCAUCUGAGCCCAUCACCGUCAAGUUCGCCAACAACCCCAGCCAGAAGACGGGCCAGGCGCUGCUCACCCAGCUCUACCAGACCGCCGCACGCCGCUACACCGGACCCCUGCACCACCAGACCCAGCGUUUCAGACUCGACAAUUUACUAAACGCCACCUACGGAGUCAAGAGUUCUCCUUCUCUCCUCCCCAGGUUCUCCCCGAUCACCAUCGACAGCAUGACCAGCCUGGCGGGGGUCAACCUGACCGGACCCACCGGCGCCGGCUGGUGCAUCUUCGUUUAUAACCUCUCGCCGGAGGCAGACGAGAGCGUGCUGUGGCAGCUGUUCGGGCCAUUUGGCGCCGUCACCAACGUCAAGGUGAUCCGCGACUUCACCACCAACAAGUGCAAGGGCUUCGGCUUCGUCACCAUGACCAACUACGACGAGGCGGCCAUGGCCAUCGCCAGCCUCAACGGCUACCGCCUGGGCGACCGCGUGCUACAGGUCUCCUUCAAGACCAGCAAGCAGCACAAGGCCUAAUGAGAGGAGGAGAAGGAGGGCACCAGGGGCCACUCAAAGCUCCCACGGCCUGGGGGGAGAGCCUUUGAGCUCCCCCACACGCUCACUCUACAUGGGUCUGGACUGAGUCUCUCUCUCUUUCUCUGUUUCUCUCUCUGACACACACAUACUUACACAUACAUAGAUAUACAGACAUCCAUACAUAAACUUCUAUACACUCAUGUACACAUACAGAGACAACACAACACACGCCACAGACACAUUUAGUCAGAGUUCCGAACAAAACCACAGGUAGAGUUUUUCUUUUUUCUUUACACAACAUGCUAGUCCUUCCCUACUUUUGCCUGGAUUGAAUUAGCGGUGGUGCGUAGCUGGUCUGGGAGGGGGAUAUGGGGGUAAAGGGGGUGGGAUGGGAUUUGGGGGGAUGGUCAGGAGUCAGAAAAGGACAGUCUAAUGAAUGUGACAGAGAAUGUGUGCUGAGUGCUUCGAUUGAGUUCAGGCAAAGAACAAGAACUGAUGGAUGACAAAACAUAGCGAUCAAAAAUGCGAAAUGAACUAGAAAAUAUGUGCAAUUUUACCCAAAACGUCUGCCCCACUAACCUCUCCUAGGGUGCUGGAGAGAAUGUAGUCACUUUUUUACACUCGGGCAUUUUGAAUCAGCGAUUUUUUUAGAUCAAAGAAAAAGAAUGAAAAACAGUGUUCUCUUAUAUAUAUUAUGAUAUAACUAUAUAUUCAAUAUUUAAGGUGGUUAUUAUAGCCGAGUAUGUAAGCAUUUUCUAGAACUUUGAUACGGUUUCCUGGCUCUGAUUUAGGUUGCAACCUAGCUUUAGGGCAGUUUCCCAACAUGCUUGAGGUGAGACCUGAUAGAGAAAUGAAGAAACCUAGACAUCCUGGUCACAGAAAAUAAAAAGAUGAAAGCCACAUCACACCAACUGAACUAAAGAACCUCGCAUAAAGAGGUCCGACAGCUGACAACCUCACCUUUACAGUCGUCACUGAAACACCUUUACACACACAUACACACGUUCACACACACAUGUGCGCCCCCAGUUUAGAGGGCGGUGAGAGUGAGAGUAGCAAAUUAUAUCACUGGUACAUGCAAGUCACCUGUAUUUUUCUCCGCUCUGGCUUUGUUUAGAUCUAGCGAGUAGAAAGGAUUCCACCGCACGCAGCUGUCUGUGAACUUCGAGCAUUGUGACAGUGUUCCCAUGGUGACGGUGUUCGUGGGUAAUUCUGUGAGAGGGCCACGUAUGAGGCGAGAGAGCAAAAGCCAUGUCAGCCCAUCGCCAUGGCAACUGGCAGCAAAGCUAAAUCUACUCUAAAAAGCCAGAUCUAAAUCUGAACCAUGAGAACAAGGCUGCAAGUCUGCAUAGUUCACAGGCAGGUUUAUUUUGUAUUUUUCAAGCACAUGGUUACAACAAAAACAGUGACCAUAUGCUUAAAUUAGAAUCAACAACACAAAAAAUGGCUCCAGCUUUUGAGUACUGUGGCUGUGGCUCUUACAGCCAUCGGGAAAGAAGCUGGUCAUCCCACCCCUUCCCUUUACUCUGCAUGACGACCCCCUCGAGACUCACUGAGCCCUGCUCACGACAGAAGCCACCACUCAGUCCAUUCAAAAUCCCUCCCAUUCGUCCCAUCUGAAAGUGCACCUGAAAGGGUUUGUUCUCCCGAGGAAAACCCCUAGCACGUUCAGACCGUACAUAUCGUCCCUUGCUCUCUGGCAGCAGUGUCACAGACUGACACCUUAGUUCAGUUCCUUUUUUGAUCCGCACAGUGCCACCACCCAAUCAACGAAAACCGUAUCAGAUUUAUCGUGAGCUGGCCAACCCCUCUGUGUAUUGUCCUAAGUAAUGAUAACUGAAAAGACCCUAAAAACACAUACGUUCCAUAAGGAGGAGACACUGUUUUACAACUGAAAGACGAGCUCAUAUCAAUUAAGGAUUUAAAAAAAUGGUGUUCAAAUCAAAACAUUGUGUUGCUUUUCUAAAUAACGCUGUGUUUAGCCAAAGAGGACAAUGAUCUCUUUGAAAGGAUUAAGUUAGAGAAUAUAUUUUUAUACCUACAAAAGAAGAUGAAGAAAAAGAAGAAGAAAAAAAUAAGACCUUGUGCAGCAUUUUUACAGAUUCUUAUGCGUGGACGUCCUCUCAGACACCGCAUGGCUUUAUUUUCAGAGUUUUCCACUUUAAGGAUAGAGGGCCUGACUGUGCAGUGUAAGGGUGGGUGAGGGGGGGUAGAAUGGAUGGGGGACUAAGUCAUAUAUCUUGCGCAUAUCUAACAGUGAAACCAUCACAAUAUCUUUUGAAAAAAAAAACUAGGGAAAAGGAAAGGAAGAAACAGCGUCACUGUAUUCGAAACCAUAGCCAUGCCAGAUGUAUGCAUUAGGAUAAAAAGAGAUAAAAAUAUCAGGCUUUAAAAAAAAAAGAAAAAUAUCCUUUCCUCUGACGUUGCAUAGAGUGUUGCCUCACAGGCGGUGCAGUGGGGCUCCUCAAUGGGAGUGCCAUGGGAAAGGCUAGGGAGGGCUGGGGUGGGGUGGGGUAGGGUGGGGCGAGAAAUAGAAAAGAAACAACACUAUGCGAAAGAACAGACUGUAAGCUUGCUGCCCUCCUUUAGAGCUGGCCUGUGAGGCUUGCCGUUUCCGAGAUAAGAGCUCAGUCGCAGUGAGAGGGUGAGGCGUUAACCGGUCCUGAACCAUCCCGUUCUGUUUCCAUUCCUCCUUUGAAAAGGAAAUGUCAAUGUAACCUUGUGCUUCUGCCUCGUCGACGCACCAAAGAAUCUGUUUCAAAGUGAUUGGCUGAACAUAUAGCGUGGCUGUGCUAAGCUGUGGAAAUCCAACCAAACUGUACAUUCCCCCCCCCCCCCAUCACACUUCCUGCAUCCUCUUCCUCAGUGCACCACACGGGGACUGUAACACUAUUAUUCAUUAUCAGAACACUCUGUAGCCUUCUACUGCUUUUGGACUCACCAGGAUAGCCUAGUUUUUAAAGUCCAUGUCAGACUGUAUGCUACGUUUAUAAUGCCUGGACUGCCUACCACUAUAGGCCCAUACCAUUUUUCACCACAGAAAUGUCUUUCUGCUCCUUUGCACAUUAGCACUCAGCAGCAAUUUUAUGUUGAGGGAUCCAAGCUGGGUAGUCAGUCAGACAUCCUAGCUGGCCCCACAGCAGAGUGUGGGAACACAUCUCUGUGUGACUAUGAGAACACAUGCAACAAAAUCCUGCACAUAUCCUAGUCUCUUAUCCUUCAGAGCAUAAAAUCAUAUCCUCCGAGCAUAUUACUAGUUCCUGCUUUAUGAGAUGUAUCGCCGAUGAAUAUUCAGCUGCCCUUUUCUGUCUUCAAGCUUAGGCAUUCAUAUACAUUCAAAUACAUAUCCAUCCGUUUGAUCACGUCCCUGUCCAAAUUCACCGCUAAGACCGCUCAACCUCUGCCCAGUUUGUUCACUGGUGGUGUGCCGAAGAUGAGAUCCAAUCGUAGUCAAAAGUCAAGCCUUUUGUUUUUCCUACCCACUAAGAUCAGGCCUCACACAACCGACCGUAGGUGACGAGGGGAGGGUUUAGGGCAGAGUAACAACAGGAGUGGCCCCAGUGUUAACCGGAACCUUGAGUCAAAAACGAUAGAGAACCAACUGACCCUCGAGAUACACACACAAGACAACACACCUACCAUAGAGAGCCAAGGACAAUGGCUGGAGACAAACAUACUGCACCGCUAGAGCAACAAUAAUCAUUUAAAAAGACAAAAAAACUUUCCUAUGGAACAGUAAGUGCAAUGUGCUUCGUUUUUAUAUUGACUGAGAACAAAAGAUAUAUAUAUUUUUUAAAAAAGAAAAUUAAACGUCACACUGAAAUGGUUUGCGGAAUAGUGAAAGGCUCAAACAAUGACAAACAGAUGAAGAAAAAAAAGUUAAGUGUUAAACUAACCGAUUCAUUAAAAGAAUCAAACAAGCACUGAGAGCUCUGGUCUCUGAAAAAGUCCAUUAUCCCUUCCUCAGCCCUCAAUUACUGCUCUGACCAUGCAAGCUAAAAAACAACCACAAACAGCUGCUUAUGGUGAAGAAAAGAGCAAUCAUUAAAAAACGACCGUGAAAGGGAUACUGUCUAAUAUAUCAUCACUUUUAGCCCAUGUCGAUUUCAAACUAUCAUUUUUCCUGUAAUUUAUUGAUUUACUUUACAUAUCAGAUUCAUGUGUUAACUUAGCGUAUCUUUGUGUUGUUGACGUUGCCAUAGAGUACACACAUGGGUCGAAGAUAUUAUUUGGUCGCUUUUAAUGGGUACGAUUCUUCUAUUUUUUCCAUUAUUUAAACUUAGUUGCUGUUCUGACAGUGUAUGCAGGUUUUAGAAUUAGUUAGCUUUUUAUUUCAAUCAAUAUGUGUUCGAUUGUGUUUGUAAAAGUCUGUGGUAGCUUUUGUUGCAACAUAAAUAAUUUAAACUGAAAAAAAUUCAAUAUAGCGCCAACAAACUUGUAUUAUUUGGGCGACUUUAAGCUUGUAGUUUUAACUUAUUGUUAACUUAAAAACUAUUUAUUAUUAUUGAUUAUUAUUAUUGCCUCGUAUAAAGUAUGUUUUGUGUAUAUUUAUGGUUUAUUUCAUUAUAUUUGCAAGUUUGAAAUAAUUUAAUUUUGCCAAAAUGUGGUUACACCUUUUUUUCCUUUUCUUUCUUUUAAAAGGGAACAAAUAGAUAAAAAAAACAGCUUUAGAAUUACAAUUUGGAAAAGUUCUCCAUAGGCAAAGAAUGCACUGCUAUAUAAAACUAAAUGAAGUGUAUAAACAUACAUGCUGUGUGCUAGAUGUUAUGCCUUUACUGCCUGUGUUCUGUUUGUCUUGUUAAAUGAAAACCUUUUGAUUAUUUACUCUAAAUCACAGUCUUGUUUUUUCUGCCACUUUCUGAACCCCGCUGUGAGUUGGAACCUGGGGUGAGGCCUAGGGCAAGGGCAGAGCCUGGGUCUGCGUCCGCUUCCAGAAUAUUCUGGAUCGGCGACAAAGGCCUGCAGGCUCCAUGUGCUCCCACAAUGGCUCUCUUCCCACUGCGUUCAGAAAACAGACAUGGCCAACACCUCGGCUUGAGAAAAACAAACAAUGGCAGCCGGCCGGAGAGCGGGUUGUUAUUUAUCGGCAGAGCUUGAAAGGCUGACAAGCAGCUGGAAGAGAUGCAUUGUGGGGGAUGGGGUCACUGAGCUAGGAACGGGGUCAGCGGUUCCUCUGUUUCUCAACCAACUGUAUUUGUGUCUAUUUAUUUAGAGGGGACACAGAGUUACUUAGAAAUGUUCUUUGGACAACAUUAUCCAGGUAUGGUACAAUGAAAUAAAAAGACUAGAUCAAAACAGACAUCCAUGUUGGUGGGUUGAAGAAAAUAUCUAAAUAUCUCAUACUUCCAAACACGACCAAACGAACAAACAAAAAAUGUAACCAAGGGGAAAAAAAUAAACCUUUCAGUUUAGUUUAGGAUAUUUAUUACUGGGAUUUCAGCUGAAGAUGCUUGAGGACUUUUUCAUGGAAUUGUUUAAUUAUUUGUACUUUACAUGCCAGAAAAAAAAUAAAAACUUAAAAGUUACAUA